UGACCCCAUCUUGUUUUAAGGAGCUAAAUGACUUGCUGUUAAACAGGUAAAUGUUUUCUUUCUUCUUUCUCAAGUCCCUAUCCUCCCACCUCCCCACCCACUUCCAUGGCCAACACCAAAGCCACCACCACCCCGAAAUUGCCGCCAACAACACCACCACCAUCUGCCGCCACCCCAUCUCCUUCAUCUUACACCCCAACAACGGCAUCAAAAUCCCACAAAUCUCAAUUGAAAAGAAAAAGAAAGGAAAAGAGCCAAAAAAUCAGAGAUUCAAAGCAGCAACAAUAUUUUCCGGGGUUGAAUAUGGUGAAUGGUGAACAAAUCCAUAGAUCAAAUUAAAUAUUCAAGGCAGAAAAAAAAAGCAUAGAGAAAGAGGGGUGGUGGUUAUGGCGAAUUGGUGAUUGUUAUUGGUGGUGAUUAUGGUGGUUGUGAUGGGGUUGCGACGGUGGAUGCAUGUAUGGUGUGUCGUCGGUGAUUGGUGUGUUGGUGGGGGCUGCCGUGGGAGUGGAAGACGGGGGUGUGGCUGCCAGGAAGCGGAAGACAUGGGUGUUGGUGGGGUGGGAGGAGUUGGCUGUUGAACAUUAAAGGUGAGAUUGUUUUGGAAUAAAUUUAAGGUUGAAUUGUUAUCGAAAGGCCAAAGAUUGGGUUUGGCUUCUGCAUCCAUCUUCCCCAAAUUCUCAAUUUUCAGGUAAUAAAAAUCCUAAUUUCUUCAUUUCUCACUUAAAGUUUGUUGUCUAUACAAUCAAUGAAUUAUGAUUUUGAUUUCCCUAAAUAAUUUCUUUAAAUAAUUGGAUUUUUUUGUUAGAAACUACCUAAUAAAAUCUAGGUUUUGUGAGAAAUUACCUAAUAAGAGGUAGUAAAAGACGGAAUAACUCUGGUUUGAUUUCCACCAUUACCUAAUUUUCUUAUAUUAACUUACCUCAAAACACCCAUGAAACCACCGUGAGGGUUGGUUUUUGAGGUGGUAAGGCUUUUUUUGGGAUUGUUAGGGGAUAUUUCGAGUUAGUUGGUAUCGGGAUUCGAGAUGAUGGUUUUUGGGGUAAGAGGGUGGUUUUGAUGUUGGAGGGUGGUUUCGGCGUGAUGGAGGCAAUUUCAAGCGAGUUGUGUGUUGGUUUUGGGGAUGAAGCGGUGGUUUCAGGAGAUGUUUUGAGGUGGGUUAAUGCAUGAAAAUUAGUUCAACGGUGGAAAUCCGGCCAUAUGUAGUAUGUUACAAUAUUUUAUCUCAGGUGAACAUUAACAUGGAGAAGAAGGUUAAUUUGGAGAAGAAUUUAGAUAGAAUUUCUGAUUUGCCAGAACCAAUUAGAAGGCAUAUACUUUCAUUUUUGCCAGCUGAUGAUGCUGUUAGAUCUAGCAUUUUGUCGAGCAGUUGGCGGGGGUUGUGGACUGAACUUCCAAAAUUGAAAUUGAGUGAAUUUCAACUUAAAUUUCAAUUUCGUAGCUCACUUAUGGUUAAAAAAUUGCCUAAAGGUAUGAAUGAUGGUGCUAGAGUGAAGAGAGAGGCAAUUCUUAGGGAGAGGGAGGCGUUUUAUGGGUUUCUUGAUCGGGCUCUUGAGUCGAGUUCGGAUUUCAAGAAGCUUGAUCUUUAUGUUUUUGGUUACGGGUUGGAGUUGGAGUCUCGCUUGGAUCAUUGGCUAGAAUGUGUUGUUAGGCGUCGUAUUAAAGUAUUGAAAUUGCACUUUAGUUCACGGGAAAAACCCAGAUAUUGUUUGCCUAAGAUUGUAUUGGGUGCUAAUUCACUCACAAAAUUGCACUUGCAAAAAUGUGAUUUGAAUUCGUCUCGUUUUGUGGAUGCUCAAUUACCUUCCUUACGAGAGGUAAACCUUGAAUAUGUUUAUAUGGAUGAUGGAGUUAUGGGGAGCCUAGCUGCUGUUUGUCCUAAUCUCGAGGUUUUUGAUAUCAUAAGUUGCCGUGGGUUUACAAGAUUUGUAGUCUCUGGUCUCAAUAAGCUCUUAACUAUGGAAUUUGAGACAUCUGCUGAUGUAAUUGAGUUGAUUGAGAUUGAGGCACCUAAUCUGUUGGAGUUCUUCUAUUUGAAUGAUCGCAAUAUUGAUGCUCAGGCGUGUGCAAUCAAGGUGCUAGCCUGUCCAAAGAUGAGACGUCUGAGAUUACAUGGUGCUCAAUUGGGUGAUGAUGUUUUUAAACAGAUACUUGAAAAUCUUUUUGUCCUUGAAAAAUUGGAACUAUAUCGCUGCAAUUGGUUAGAACAUGUUUCUGUUUCAAAUCAACAUCUUGUCCAGGUCGAGUUUUCCUACUGUAGACGCAUUAAAAUGGUUGAAAUUGAUGCUCCUAAUUUAAAAUCCUUUCAAUAUUCGAAUGGUGAGCUUAUGACUAUUAAACCCAAGGGUUGUGCUCUCAAGUUAACCGAAGCAAGCAUUUACAUAAAACCCUACAUCAGAGGUGACAAAUGGUAUGUUCGUUUCAUCAAGUUUCUUGCAAAGCUUCGUCACUGUGAGAAGUUACAACUUAUUGUUGGUUCUGAAGAGGAAUUUCUGAUCCCUGAAUCAGUGAGGAUGGAAUCCCGCCCUCCCCUGCAUGGAGUCAAAAAUUUGGUGGUGCAGCUUCGUUCAUCAUUACUGAAGUAUACUCAAGUCGAACUUGUUCAAGCUCUUCUUUGGCUUGCAUCAUGCCUAGAGUCUCUAUCUAUCAAUAACGACUCUAAUCCGGUCUGCAAGUUUCUUAAGUUCACAUACGAGAAACCAGUGGAAGGCAAGAAGAAAUGUGGCUGCUGGAAAUCUCUUCCUAUCAAUUGCUGGAAGCAUGCCCUUACUGAAGUAUCCCUUGAGAAUUGGGGUGGAGAUGAAGACGAUACAGAUCUAGCGACUUUCUUUUCUAAGGCGAGGGUUGAUGGGAAAAUGGUAUGUUUUGUCAAGAAAGUGAGGCCUGGAUGGAAUCGAAGAUAAUGCUGGGCAGAUUUCCCCCUUAUUUUCCUGAAUAUAUAAAUGGGGAAGAUGCUUAGAUAUAAUUGGAUGGGUAGCAUUUUGGACCAAAGCUGCAGAUCAUGUAUUAUGAGCUUCACUUCUAUUGGUGUCUUUGUAUUUCCUUGACUUGAGGAGGUUUCCUUAAACAAGUGUUUUUUUUUUGUUUUUUUUUUUUUUUUUUUUUUUUUUUUUUUUUUUUUUUUUUUGAGAGACUAAGGCUUUGUUGUUGUUGUUUUGGAAUGUUGGGUAGACAAAUAGACAAUUCCAUCUUUUUAUUUGAUAUUAGGGAUUAUGAAAGAUUGGUUGUAUAAGGCUCAUGAACUUACAGCUAACUGUCUGAAUUCUUAAAUGUUGUUGAAACUGUCUCAUAUUUAGAAUCAUGCAGAGAAGCUGAGAAGGUUUCAAACUAUUCACUUUUUGUUCUGAAAUGAUAAUUAAUUUUCUGAAA